UUCCUUAAAAAGCUCAAACCUCUUUGAAACAACAAUUCCUUAGAUAAAGUUAAAUCUCUAUUUAGUCUUACACACUUCUCUUUCUCUCUCUCUUGAUUUCCUUAAGGGUUACGGAAGUGAAAUAAAAAUGGUAACUUCAGAUGGUGGCGGUGGUGGGAAAUUGAGGAAAGUUCUGGGUUUGGGAUACUGGGUGCAAGGAUUCAGGUGUUUUCCAUGGUUGGUUGUGAGUUUCUACCUCAAAGAUGGUCUUAAUGUGGACCCUUCCACUCUUCAAAUUCUCCAGAAUUCUGCUAAUCUUCCCAUGGUUGGGAAGCCCCUCUAUGGCCUCGUUUCAGACUCUGUCUACAUCUCUGGCCAGCACCGAGUUCCCUACAUCGCCUUUGGAGCUUUCUUGCAGGCACUGUCAUGGAUAAUCAUAGCAAUCUCUCCAUCAAACAUUUCUAUUUUCACUAUCUCCAUAUACCUCCUCCUUAGUAACCUAGGUGCUUCGAUAGCUGAGGUUGCAAAUGAUGCCAUUGUUGCAGAGAUGGCUAAACAGAGUCCUUCCUCAACCAAGCACAGGCAACCAUCCUCCUCAGGCAACCUCCAAUCCUUUGUUUGGAUAGCUGGCUCUGCAGGAGGAGUUCUUGGUAAUCUUCUAGGCGGCAUUUUUAUUGGGCGGUUCCAACCACAAACCAUGUUUCUAUACUUUGGUCUCCUCCUUGCUCUCCAAUUUUUGAUAACCAUUUCAGUUCCUGAGAGUUCUCUUGGGCUCCCAAAGAGUCCAUCUGUUGGGAUAAGAAAUCAACUUUCGCAGCUAUUGGUUGCUUUAAGAAAGCCUGAAAUUGCAUACUCAAUAUCAUGGUUUACAGCAUCUUAUGCCAUUAUUCCUGCCCUUACAGGCACCAUGUUCUUUUACCAGACACAGCAUUUGAAAAUAAACUCAUCAGUAUUGGGCAUCUCCAAGGUGUUUGGCCAGGCAACAAUGCUCCUGUGGGGAAUCAUAUACAACCAAUACUUCAAAUCUGUCCCACCAAGGAAACUGAUAUCAGCCAUUCAAGCUACGAUGGCAUUCUUCAUGAUUUCAGAUUUCUUGUUUGUGCGAGGCUUUUAUAGGCAAAUGGGUGUGCCAGACUCACUGUACGUGGUGAUUUUCUCAGGAUUCUUGGAGGUUCUGUUUUUCUUCAAGAUUCUCCCAUUCAGUGUUCUAAUAGCACAGAUGUGUCCACCAGGAUGUGAGGGGUCUAUAAUGGCCUUUCUUAUGUCUUCCGUAGCACUGGCAUUCAUUGUGAGUGGAUACCUUGGUGUUGCACUUGCAUCGUAUAUUAAGAUAACAGGAAGUGACUUUUCAGGCUUUCCACAUGCACUUCUGAUACAAGCUGCAUGCACUCUGGUGCCAACUUUUUGGUCAUCGUGCAUACCUGAUAAGGUAGAAUCAAAAGCCAAGCGAAAAGACUCGUAAAGUUAAUAUCUUUCAUGGAAAAAGUGGAAGGUGCUGAAGUGAUUGAUUCUUUUCUUUUCAUUGCUUCAUGCAUCAGCCGGCACAUACGAGAUAUAUAUCAGUUGGUAUUCUAGAUUUUUUAUACAAUACGUUUAAAAGUGAUAGGGUGUAAAGGUGUAGUAUGACCACAUACUGAUCAUGUUCUUCCAAGUACUUUUUUGUCUUUGUCUUUUGAUUGAA